AUGCCGUACAGACCAGACGGGGGUUUUGUCAUCAUACUGUCAGUUGGACAGCUUAGUUCAGAUGGACUGGGAAUGGGGCUUGUCAACGUGGUUGAGAUGUCAUCCAUGCUUGCAUAUCAGACUUUCUUCAAAGCUUCAAUUGCUGGUCAUGCCACAGGUGAUGUUCCAAGUUUGAAUGUACCCAGGAUCAACACAUCGCCUCGAGUAUUCAUGGACGUUGCGGAGACUUUCUUCAUCUCUGAUGAAAAUGCAAUGAAAUGGAUACUAAUCCAACCAGAGAUUGUGAAACGAGCCCUGGGCGGUGUCUGCCAAUGA